AUGAUUCUCAGCAUCAAAACCACUCUGAACUCGACUGACAUACAAGUACACAAUCCUACCCCAGUAUCUCGAUCGAAUGAGCCAUAUCCGUCCCAGAGUGGAGGCGCUCGCCCUGGCCCCGAGUUCGGGCCCGUCCAGGCGCAAAGCGUCAACGGCUUGUUUCAGCUGCAAGAUCCGGAAAUCCAAGGUGACAGGCCUCCUCGGCGACGCAAAAUCCAUUGGGAGCGAGCCGAGACGAGAUCCGCGUUGCAGAAGGAGAUGGUGCAGCGGCUUCUCCAACUGAUUUAUUCCGGGGAUGAUGAAAUUCGAAAAAGGCUUGGAGCUGAUUCUCAAAUUCGAGUGCUUGCGCAGAGGCUAGGCUUGGACGAGCCCGAACUGGCAGCAACCUCGUCAACCUCGUCACACCUGGCGCAACACGAGCCUUGGUCUUUUUCCCAUACUCGAGCGACAGAUCGAGAGCAGUUUGAGGAGGACAUGGGUCAGAAAGAAGAGUCGACACGGCGAAAAGCGAUUCUCUCGGAAGGAACCGCUGAAGCUGCGCCUAAAGCAGGUCCCUCUAACAGAUUAACCAGCCCAGCCGGUUCGCACGAUGAUCAAUGGUAUCUGCCAAUCCUGACCGAUGCAACUGUGCAGAAACCCAGACCAACGGACCCCAGAGACCAAUAUCGAAUCUUUUGUUUAAGGGAGCGCGAGACUCCAAGCGUAGAGUUGAUCAGCAUAUUCGGUGACUUCCCUUUCUUAUCAACUGAGAUGGACACAGGUCAGAGUUUGCCCGUACAACGGCAGCAGAUGGUCAAUCUUGACAUUCCCGAGUACCUCGUCCAGCCGAUGUUGUUCGAGGGAGAACAAUGUCCAAUGGCUGCAGUAUAUACUGAUUUUCGCGAUUAUGGUCGGAGACAGCUGGCUGCAGGAUUUCCCGUCGAAGUUGUCCUGGGAUCUUCGCAAGUCGACUUGGCCCUCUAUUUUCGCGAGCGCAGGCCCGACGAUCCACAUACGCCGGCGACGUGGGCUUGCGAGUACAUGCGUCUCCUCAAGAACUUUGACAUAUAUGUAGCUUUGGCGUGGAUUUCCACCAUUACCCAUUUCAUGCGUUGGACAAUUGCACCUUCGGCUGAGACAUAUGCACUGCUCCCAAACGCGAUGAGACCAACGCCUCUUCAAAGACUAGUCCGUCACCACCCCGGCGUGGAUCUGCCAAUAUUCCCCGAGAUGCGCGAUGGCUUGAUUCAAGACAUGCGGGACUACAUCGUGGCCAUCCAGACUCUCGGAUGCAGCGUCAACUGGGCAUACGGGCUGGAAGCGGCGAUCGCGACGGACCCGGAGACCGGCAUCAUGACUCUGUCAGACACCUUUGCCAGCCACAUAUCUAUCCUGUCGCACUGGUCCAUCAGCCAGAAGUUUGCCGACGUCUUUCCUGAAAUGCGAGGCUAUUACCACAUCGUUGAGCAGGACACGAUACCCGUUUCUGAGGUCGAUGUCGAGGCGUUCCUUGCGCGAAGGAGGGUCCCCAAUGAGUCCUAG